CCGUGCAAUCGCAGCGUUUAUUCGGCUGAAUUGAUGCAGGGUUUACAAUCGGUUUACAAUCAAUAAUCACCAUCAAAACAAUACAUAAGACAUCACGGUGACCCAGCUGCAGGUCGUCUGUGUUUACUAUAACAGUCACGAGUCGACACUUAACCAACAUGAACUGGACUUUGUACCCGUGAACCUCUGUCCUCAGUUCCCUCAACAGCAGGCCAGCCUCCCUGUAUUUUAGUCACGUUCAACGGCUACAGCGUCAAGGACGUCUCACCAUGCCGUACGCACUUGUCCGGACCAAUUUCGACGUCGAAGAAGAGUUCGACGGCAAACUUUCCAAGCUCAUGUCCGACCUGUUUAAGGUAGAGGAAGAGGUCGUAAGUGUAGAAGUCCUGGUGAACAAGCGCAUGCUCCGUAACGGUACGAAUGAGAGGUACGUGUACUGUGACCUGCGCAGACCUGCCAGUCUGAUGACCACGGAGAACAAGGUCACGUGGGCUAAGGUCCUGAGCGAUUUCUUCAUGGAGCAACUUCGCGUGGAGCCCUUAAGGUGUACGCUGUCUUUCCGGUCGGAGACCAUGUAACACUCCCAGGAUAUUUGACGGGACCCUAGAACAGCACCGCUCCUCUAAAGUCCGACAGGAACAAGUUGUAUAACGUUCUAUAAAUUCAUGUUUGAAAAGAAUGAAUGUUCACCAUCGUAUGGAACUGUUGAAUUUUGAACCCCUGAGUGAAUAAAUGCAAUUAUAAGAAAAAGAACGAUAUUAACGUUA